CCAAGAAAAACAGUUGAAUAAAGAAGAAACGAUUAGUCCGUACAAUUUACAACCAAAGAGGUCAGCAAGAUAAGGCUGCUAUUCUGCUUCUUCUCUUUCAUCGGCCAUGGCGGAAGCUUCAACAAUAGUAUUCCAAACCACACUACGUCCUUCCUUCUUCUCUCAAAACCAUCAUCAUCACCUUCAAUUCGCUAAACCCUUCCGUACACCCAAAACUCCAUUUCGGUGCUCAAUUUCCACCACUGACACUCCUACCCCUGCUUCCGUGGACAGAAUUCCGUGGGGAUGCGAUGCCGAUUCACUCGAAAACGCUGAGGCGUUGCAGGAUUGGCUUACUAAGUUGGGUUUACCCCCUCAGAAGAUGAGGAUUGAGAAGGUUAAUGUUGGUGAAAGAGGUCUUGUUGCUAAUAAUAAUAUUAGAAAAGGGGAAAAGCUUCUCUUUGUUCCUCCCUCUCUUGUUAUUUCUGCUGAUUCGAAGUGGAGCUGUCCUGAGGCUGGUGAAGUGUUGAAAAGGAAUUCUGUUCCCGAUUGGCCGCUGAUUGCGACGUACCUAAUAAGUGAAGCAAGUCUAUCAGGUUCAUCAAGAUGGAGCAAUUAUAUCUCAGCCUUGCCUCGGCAGCCCUAUUCUCUUUUGUAUUGGACACGUUCAGAGCUGGAUAGAUAUUUGGAAGCAUCACAGAUUAGACAAAGAGCUAUUGAAAGGAGUAAUGAUGUUAUUGGAACAUACAAUGAUUUGAAGCUCAGGAUAUUCUCGAAACACCCUGAUUUAUUCCCUGAAGAAGUUUAUAAUUUGGAGACAUUUAGAUGGUCAUUUGGCAUCCUUUUCUCACGAUUGGUAAGAUUACCUUCAAUGGAUGGUAAAGUAGCAUUGGUACCAUGGGCAGAUAUGCUGAAUCACAGUUGCCAGGUGGAAACAUAUUUGGAUUACGACAAGUCUUCAGAAGGCAUUUUCUUCACAACUGACCGUCCAUACCAGCCAGGUGAGCAGGUGUUUAUAUCUUAUGGAAAAAAGUCUAAUGGAGAGCUAUUACUAUCAUAUGGUUUUGUUCCUAAGGAAGGAACCAAUCCUUCUGAUUCUGCUGAAUUGUCAUUGUCACUUGAAAAAUCUGACGAAUGUUACGAGGAGAAGUUGGAAGCUUUGAUGAAACACGGGUUAUCAGGGUCUCAGUGCUUUCCUUUGCAAGUGACUGGUUGGCCGGUAGAGAUGAUGGCUUAUGCUUACCUGGUAGUCAGCCCGCCAAGCAUGCUAAACCAAUUUGACGAGAUGGCUGCUACAGCAUCAAAUAAAACAGGGUCCAAGAAGAAUAUUAGAUACCCGGAAAUAGACGAGCAAGCUUUCCAAUUCAUAUUAGACACUUGUGAAGCAAGCAUUGUAAAAUACACUAAAUUCUUGCAGGCAAGUGGAUCUAUGGAUUUGGAUGUGACCUCACCGAAGCAGCUUAACCGAAGAUUGUUUUUGAAGCAACUAGCCGUGGACUUGUGCAACAGUGAGAGGAGGAUAUUGUAUCGCACCCAAUAUAUACUAAGGAGGAGAUUGAGAGAUAUAAGAGAAGGUGAGCUGAAAGCUCUCAGAUUAUUUGAUGGUUUCCGGAAUUGGUUUAAAGGAGGAGAUUGAGAGACAUAAGAGAUGGUGAACUGAAGACUCUCAGAUUAUUUGAUGGUUUCCGCCAUUGUUUAAAAAUGAAAUAAUGUCUUGGGAAAUAUAAGCACAUUGGCAUAUUGUCCAAUUACCUGAUAUGAAGCUGGGAUGAUGUACCAUAUGGAAAUUGUUUUUCGAAGUUAGGUUAAGCAUACCAUUUUGGUAGACGUGAUUCAAUGUAACAGUUGAAAAUUAAGUGAAGAUUCAGGAAUAUAUAUUUUAAUUUUUUUGAUGCUAA